AUGCAGACGCCCCGACUAUUGUGGUGCCACCGACUCCACCGUUCACCACAUCCACCAAGCAUCCUCAUCUCUCAGCGCGUGCCUUUUCUCGCGCGGCUUCAACCCCUGUCUGUUCACCAGUCUGUUCCGGGUGCGAUCCGACGCCAGAUGGAUUACGCAUCAACUAGGAAGGCCUCCGUGCCGCAUCUGGUGCGCACGGCGGCAGAGCCCCGACAGAACCGCUUGUAUACCGUCCGACUCUCACAUAUUGACGAGGUCAAUCCUACUGUGCGGCUGAUACAACUAACAAUUCCUCCUCAUGUGCAGAGCCUGGAGGAGCAAGAGGAGCGAGCUGAUGAAGAGUCUGAUCAACCACAACCACUCACGUUCCUACCGGGCCAGUGGGUAGACGUGCAUAUACCUGGCCUCGCCGACGCGGGGGGAUACAGCAUCACCUCCACCCCGGCAGAUGCUCAGGUUCUUCCCUCGCCAGGGCCUCCCGUGGAGUCUCCUGUGGACGAGGAAACGGGCCUGCCUCCGAUGGACCCGCGAGGCAGAGCGCCGUACGUGGAGCUAGCCGUCCAGCAUGCCCCAUCCAACCCAGCCAGCGCAUGGCUCUGGAGACCCAAGGACGAGAUCCAGGGACAGGAACUGAGCAUCCGCAUCGGAGGCAGUUUCGUCUGGCCCCCAUCGGGAAUCAACCUGGAUGAAACCAAGAAGGUUCUCUUCAUUGCAGGCGGAGUGGGUAUCAACCCUCUCAUCUCCAUGCUCUCGCAUCUGAACAACAACGACGAAACAGCUCUACACCAGGAGCACUCCGACAUUCACUUCUUCUACUCCACCAAGAUCCCCCGGUCAGCUGUCCCGUCCCUCCCUGAAAAAAGCCCCCAGGCAUACCUGGACCAAAUCCUCUUCCUCUCACGGCUGCGCGAAAUCAUUCGCUGCCAGUCACAGUCGGGCCGUCUGCGGAUCUCUUUACGGCUCUUCCUCACUAAUCUCCACGAUGACUUCGCGCCACUUCUGUCGGAACCUCAGAAAGAUUUGACUAUUUAUGCACGAAGACAGCAGCCCGAUGAUCUGAGGCAGGCGCUCCAGGGACCUGACGGUGUCAUUAGACCUGAGGAGACGGUCUGCUAUAUAUGUGCGCCUCCCAAAAUGACAGAUGAAGUUGCGAGUACUCUUCGAGGGCUGCUGGGAGAUGGUAAGGAGCGGAUAUUGUUCGAAAAAUGGUGGUAA